AUGAAAUGCAAAAGAAAUGUUUUUUUUUCUAAAUCAUUAAAAUUUGGACACAUUUCCAUAUUUAUAUUUGGAAUACUAUGUGGUGCAAUAAAUAAAUUAUUUAUAAAUGAUGUAAAUUCCUAUUAUUCAGUUAGUAAUAGUAUAAUAUAUGAAAGACAAUUAAGCGAAAAAGACAACUUAUCAAAUUCACUUCAACAAAAUGGGGAACCUGUAGUUAUAGGACAAUUUUUUUCAUUACCAAAUGAGAAAUCGUUUAUUAUUUCAGAUGAUAUAUUUAUUGAUGAAGAACAAUCAAUUGUGAAUUUUAUUGAUAAUAUAAUUGAAGGUUUAGAACAAUAUAUGUUAUGGAAUAAUUACAUGGUAAUUCCGCAUAUGAAACAGUAUCCACCUGUUUUCAAUAAUGAUAAAGAUAUAGAAUUAAAUAAUAAAGUUGAUAAUUUAGAAAGAAAUGGAGAAGAUAUUAUAACUGGAACGGAAAAAUUGUGGUUAGAAAUAAUGAAAAAUGAAAAAAAUAAAUUUGCUUCAUUAAAGUGUAAACUAUUUAAUCAAUAUAAUAAAUUUAAAAAUAAACAUAAUAUACCAAAAGAACAGUAUGCAAAAGGAUGUAAUUUAUGCAAAAAACUUAUUGAAAUUGGAGAGAAGAAUCUUGAAUUGAAAUUAAAUAGUGUAUUUUAUGAAUGGUAUGAUAAAAAAGUUAUCUGUGUUGAAGAUUUUAGAAGAAAAAUUGAGAGAUGUCGAAUAGCUUGGAAAGCUUUAUCUAACAAAAUUCAAUAUUUAUGCAAUAAAAUUAUAAUUAAUUGUUUAGAUAAAAUUAAAUAUAUAAAUGAAAUGAAAAUAAUGAAAGCAAAAAAAAAAGAUGUAAAAGUGGUAGAAAAGCCCGAAACUAAAAAGAAACAAGAAGAAAAUCUUUCUAUGGUGGAAGGUUUGAAUUGUUUUGAAGAGAAUCAUAAAAUAAUUUGUAUCAAGAAUAAUGAUUUAAUUAUUGGAUGUGAAAAUGUAGAUAACCAAGGAUGUCCUUUAGUAAAUAACAUUAUUAAUAGUUCGUCUAUAAAUUAUUAUGAAAAAAUGAGAGAUGGUUUAUAUCAUGACGAUGAAGAAUAUGAUGCGCUUGUUACAGAUGAUGACUUGAUAUUUGAAAUGUUUGAUGAAAAUAAAGAAGAUGAUAUAAUAGAAGAGUCUGAAAAUAAUGAAUCAGAUGAAGAUGAAUCUAUAAUAGAAGAAUUUGGAGAAGCACAUGAAGCAGUUGCAAUAAGUUCCUCUGAGGUAGUUGAUGAUGAAUUUACAACAAAUGAAGAUAUAGGAUCAGAAGAAAGGUAUUCUUUGGAUAAGGAAGCAAAUAGAUUAUUAUUUAAAAAUGACAUAUAUAACAUUUGGUUUUCUGAUUUAUCAAAUAUGUAUGUCGAUACAACAUACUAUGAUAUAUUAAAGGUACAUCCUACUUCUGAAUUGAGUGAAAUUAAGAGUAGUUAUUAUAAUUUAGCUUUAAAAUAUAAUCCAGAAAGUAAUUUAGGUAAUGAUGAAGCAUUAAGAAAAUUUAGGGAUAUAAAUGAAGCAUAUCAAAUAUUAUCUUUUGACCAAAGAAGGAUGAAUUAUAAUAAAUAUGGAUUAGAUGCUACAAAAGAUAUGUUAUUAAUAGAUCCUUCUAUAUUUUAUGUGAAAAUGUUAAGUAUAGAAAAGUUUUAUGAUUAUAUUGGAACUACGCAAAUAGAAUCAUUUCUAAAAGUAUUAUCUGAAAAAAAUAUAGCUUUGCAUGAAUUAGAACAUAGACUUGAAGACAUUAUGAAUUUGAUGCAUGAGCAACAAGAAGUACGAGAAGUUAAAAUAGCCUUAUAUUUAAGAAAUAAAUUACAGCCAUAUGUAGAUGGAGAUGACCAAUGGAAAAAACAUAUGGAAGAAGAAGUGAAAAAAUUAAAUAAAUCAAUAUUUGGUACUUUUUUUUUAAAAUCGAUAGGAUGGACAUAUACAAAUCUUACUCAAUGUUAUCGGGAAGAGAAUGGACAUUCAUUUGGAGUAAACUUAAAAUUGGCUAACAUGGAAUUCGAAAACAGGAAUAAAAAAAAUCAACUAAAAGUAUCAAAAUCUAUGAGGAACUUCUUGUCUAUAAUUAAGGAAUAUAUACCUCGGAAUGAAAACAUAACUGGUCUUGUUAAAAAGAUAGAAUAUUUGAAGAGCGAAAAUGAUAUUGAAAAUAAUAUAAGCAAUGUUAAUGAAAAAUCUUCUAGUAAUGAUAAUUCAAGUGAUGAUGAAAAUGAAAAUAGUAAUGAAAAUAGUAAAGGUCAUAAGCUACUAAGCGAUAACGAAAAGAGAAAAGUUUUACAUUUUAUGAUAAAGAAUAUGAAAAAUGUAGUUAAGGGUGAUAUUGAACUAACAAUUAGGUAUGCUGCUGAAAAGGUUUUAUUUGAUGAAGAUGUUGAUAAGGAAACACAAUUAAAAAGAGUUGAGGCAUUGGAAAUUUUAGGAAAUAUAAUGAAAACUUGUUCAAAAGAGAAUAAAAAUUGGAAAAACGAUCAGGAAGCUGAUAUUGAAAAUAUUAUUGAAAAAGUAAUAAAUGUUUCAAAAAUGGUUAAUAAUGAAUGA